AUGGAGGGGCGCACCCUACUCCGCGACCAGGCGGCACCCAGCGCGUCCGCCCCCACUGGCCGCUCCGCCUCGCAGGCGACGGGGGACGAGGCCGCGGCUAAAGUCGGUGAGCGCGCGCCGCCGCCGCUGCCCCAAUUAUCAAAAAGGAGCUGUGUCUCAUGCAAUUCAAAGGAUUUACAAGCCAUGUCAGAAGAUUCUGCUAAAACGUUGCUAGAGCAGGUGGCUGGUUGGGAGGUGAAAAAUGAGGGUGGCAUUCUGAAAUUGCACAGGGCAUGGAAGGUGAAGAACUUUGCCAAAGGGCUUGAGUUCUUUCAGCUUGUUGCUGCUGUUGCCGAGGAAGAAGGUCACCACCCAGAUCUUCAUCUUGUUGGUUGGAAUAAUGUGAAAAUUGAUGUGUGGACUCACUCAGUCAGUGGUUUAACAGAUAAUGAUUUCAUCCUUGCUGCAAAGAUCAAUGAACUCAAGCUAGGAGACCUUUUGAGCAAGAAAAAAGCUACUGCCCAGGAGUAG